UUACAGAAGAAAAAAGGAAACGCAACAUGGCGGCAGACAAAUCUACUAAAGAAAGGCUACUGUCUGCUCUGAAUGAUAUCGAGGUGUUAUCCAGAGAACUUAUAGAGAUGCUUGCAUUGUCUCGAAGCCAGAAACUUCCCCAGCCUGGAGAGGAUACUCAGGUGCUGGAGCUGCUUGUACAGAGGGACAAAGAGUUCCAGGAGCUGAUGCGAAUGGCCUUGAGGCAGGGCCGGACCCACGAGGAGAUGCAGAAGUUGGAGAAAGAAGUAGAGAAGAGGGACGGAGACAUCCAGCUACUGCAGAAGCAGCUCAAGGAGGCCGAGCACAUCCUGGCUACUGCUGUUUACCAGGCCAAAGAGAAACUCAAAUCCAUCGAGAAAGCCAGAAAAGGCAGCAUCUCUUCCGAGGAAAUUAUAAAGUAUGCCCACAGGAUCAGUGCCAGUAAUGCAGUGUGUGCUCCUCUGAACUGGGUCCCAGGUGACCCCCGGAGGCCAUAUCCCACUGACCUUGAGAUGCGCAGUGGAAUGCUGGGUCACAUGUGCAACCUGCCCACCAAUGGUGUGAACGGACACCUGCCUGGAGAUGCACUGGCUGCUGGAAGAUUACCAGACGUGCUGGCCCCACAGUACCCAUGGCAGGCAGCAGAUGUUGCCAUGGCAAUGCCUCCACCACCUCACCACGGUAACGACCUCGGCUUGGAGUUGCCAGGACACAAUAAGGAGAACGAGGACGAUGUGGAAGCCAUGAGCACCGACUCCUCCAGUAGCAGCAGUGAUUCUGACUGAGAGUGCAUGAGUGCGAGAGGCAAUAUGAGUACACAAAUCAACAAAAGGACUUGGUGUGUGAAGUAUCUUAAUCUACUUUCUUUACAUAAGACAUUUUAAGGUUGUUAUUAUUAACUUCAUUCUUUCCACAUUGCUAAAA